AUGACUACAACAAUACCAUCAACAAGUGGAUUUACUAAAAACAAUACAACAGCAUCAACAGGAGGAGGUUUAACAAAUCCAUCACCUUCAGUUACACCAACAAAGAAAAAGAUAACUUGUCUUAAAAUCAAACCUCUGUCUUUAAAACCGACAGUAUCUAACUUUGAAGAAGAAACAUGGAACAAGUUAAAUAACGCUGUUGUUGCCAUUCAAAAAAAGGAGAAAAUUUGUACUGGACAAGAAGAACUUUAUCAACUUUGUUCCGAUUUGGCAAGACAUAAAAAAUCAGAAAGUACCUAUUCCAAAUUGAAAUUACUUUGUUCUAAACAUAUUGAAAAUGUAAUUUAUGAUUUAGGACAUAAAGCAACAACAGAUCACACAACAUUUUUAAAUAUUGUAGUUAAAAGUUGGGAAGAAUUCACUGAUCAAAUUAAUAUGAUAAGAUCUAUUUUCUUAUAUUUAGAUAGGUCUUAUGUAAUGACAAUACCAGAUAAAUCUAUUUGGGAUAUGAAUUUACAAAUAUUUAAACAAAAUUUAAAGAUUAAUGAACAUUUACUUAAAAAAAUAAUAUCUGGGAUUUUAAUUUUAAUUAAACAUGAAAGAAGUGGAGAAAGUAUUGAUAAAUCAGUUGUUCAACGUUUAAUUAGAAUGUUAACAUCUUUACAUUUAUAUGAAGAUGAAUUUGAAAAAUCAUUUUUAGAAGAAACUAGAUCAUUUUAUUCUAAUGAUGGUUUAAAUAAUAUUGAUAAAUUAAAUGUACCAGAAUAUUUACAAUAUGUUGAAUCUAGAUUAAGACAAGAAGUUGAUAGAGUUACAAAUUAUUUAAGUAAAUUAACAAAGAAACCUCUUAUACAAAUAGUAGAAAAUGAAUUGAUAAAGAAACAUGUUAAAACAAUUUUAGAUAAAGGAUUUGAAGAAUUAAUGGAUCUUAAUCGUAUUAUGGAUCUUAAUAGAAUGUAUGGAUUAUUUAAAUUAGUCAAUGAACUUGAUGCAAUUAAAGAAGCAUUUACAGUCUAUUUAAAGAUUAGAGGUAAAAGAAUUGUUGAUGAUGAUCAAAAUGAUAAAAAUAUGGUUCAAGAUACUCUUCAAUUUAAGAGUAAAAUUGAUCAAUUACAUGAACAAUCUUUCCAUAAGAAUGAAGAAUUUAAACAUGCUAUAAGAAAAGCCUUUGAAUAUUUCUUAAAUAUUGUUCCUAACAAACCAAGUGAACUUAUUGCAAAAUAUAUUGAUGGAAAAUUAAAGAAUAGUAAGGGUUUAACAGAUGAUGAAUUAGAAAGAUGUAUGGAUAAUGCUCUAACAAUUUUCAAAUAUAUUAAUGGUAAAGAUAUAUUUGAAGCAUUUUAUAAGAAGGAUUUGGGUAAAAGAUUAUUAUUUGGAAAGACUUCAUCAUAUGAUGCAGAAAAGACAAUGAUUUCUAAAUUGAGAGCAGAAUGUGGUACACAAUUCUCAAACAAAUUAGAAGGAAUGUUUAAAGAUAUUGAUAUUUCAGCGGAAUUAAUGAAAGGAUAUGAAACUAGUGCAGAAUUUAAGAAAUUUAUCAAUGAAGUAGGUGAAGAAAAGGAUAGAGCACUUCAAAUUGCAUCCUCCCUCGGUGUUAAAGUAUUAACAUUGAGUUAUUGGCCAAAUUAUACACCUGAUACUUUAAAUUUACCAAUGGAACUUUCAUUAUUACAAGAUUCAUUUAGAGAUUUUUAUACACACAAAUAUUCUGGACGUAUUUUGAAAUGGGUUUCAAACUUGGGACAAUGUUCAAUGAAAGCCUUAUUCCCAUGUGGUAAAAAGGAAUUGAUAAUAUCAUUCUAUCAAGCAGUUGUAUUAUUACAAUUCAAUUCUAAAGAAAAGAUUUCUGUACGAGAACUUAAACAAUCAACAGGAAUUCAAGAUGAAAAACAAUUAAUUUUAACUUUACAAUCAUUAGCAUUCCAUAAGGAAAAAAUUCUUAAGAAAGAAACUAAAGGAACUCAAGUUGAAGAGAAUGAUAUUUUCUUUGUUAAUGAAGAUUAUUCACAAUCAAAAACAAAGAUUAAAAUUGAUUCAUUCCAAUUGAAAGAAACAAAGAAAGAAAGAGAAGAAACAACUGAAAAAGUUUUAUUGGAUCGUUCCUAUGUUAUUGAUGCAGCAAUUGUUAGAAUUAUGAAAACAAGAAAACAAUUAACACAUCAACAAUUAUUAACUGAAGUUUUAUCUCAAGUUCGUUUUUCAAUUCAAGGUCAAGAUGUAAAGAAGAGAAUUGAAAGUUUAAUUGACAGAGAAUAUUUAGAAAGAGAUAAUAAUUCACAAGCAGGUAGUGCAAAUUGUAUUUACCAUUACGUUGCUUAA